AUUUGCAUAUUUUGGAGAUUCUGAAAGCACCGUGCCGACUGCGGUCGUUUUAUCACAGUUCAACGAUUGUUCUUCGUGAUAAAUCAGCAAUCUUCCACUACAGACUUUCGAAAUUUCAUUGGUUGGUCAAAGUUAAAUGAAUUCAUUUGUAGAAGAUGUUCCAGUAGAACACUUAUUACGUGAAAAUACCACCGCUCAAGUAAAGAAGACGAUGCAUGGUUUUUCAGAUGGUACAUGAGAAAAAGGAAGUAGCCAAGCUGGUCGUCACCCACGUUUUCUUUCAACGAUCAUUAUUUCAGAAAUUCCGUUCUGUGUUUCUGUAACCUAAAUAUUCGUGUAAUGUAAUCCAAGAAUCAUAUUGGCUACAUAAAAAGAAAAAUGAUCAAAGCCAUAUUUUUUUCCGAGUUUCAUCCAACCCUGGGACCUAAAAUAAGCUAUCAGGUGCCAGAAGAUUAUGUUUCUAAGGAAAUAUUUGAUGCAGUUAGCGUUUAUAUCAUUCCUAAAGAGCAACUAGAUAGUUGUAUCAUUACAGUGAAUGUGUUGGGGCACAAGAUAACAGGAUAUCCUGUGCGCAUAUCAGAUGAGAAGUAUCCACGCAACUUUUUGAUUUUCAAUCUGUGUUUUGUGUGCGAUUCUGAUGCCAGAACCGUACAAUUUGAGCUAGUUGUUAGGAAGUUAGCUGAGCAUUUGGUGACUCUGGAAGUGGAACAAAACUUUCUGUCCACUGAAUCUAACAGAGCAUUGUUGCCCAAAAUUUUAGGCCAAAUUCUCAGUGAUCUCAAUUAUUGUGGGUUAUGCACAGUCACAGUUGGGACGUCAACGUUACACCUUAAAGUAAUCCAAGUAGCCGCCGAGCCCCCUCCCGUAUUUGACCACCACGUCCCUGUGUUCACGUCGGAGUUUUCUCCGCUAAAGCAAGACUAUUGGGACCUGACUACAAAACAGGUAUUGCCGUACAUCGAUGGACGCAUUCACGUUGCUAGAGUAGCAAUCGAGGCCGACGUAGACAUCGGUUUGGUCAAGGCCUGUAUUCAGAAUCUCUUAUACUAUGGUGUCGUCCAACUCAUUCCCAUUUUCCAGUACAGCAACAUGUACGCUGCCACGCCAAAGCUCCGAGAGCUUCCCAUGAAUUCAGACUUGAGCAGAGAGUGCAUCACUUUUGUUGCCAAAUCUGAUAGACACCCGCCUUCAUUUCGAGAUGUUUUCCAAAUGUACUGUGGGAUGACUUACGGUACUACCAUCAGAGAUCUGUGUCUGCGCUUCAAUCCGCACGCAUUGCGCAUCGACGAGCACCGACUAGUCCAGUUCGGCGUCCUGCAAGGCAUCAUUCGUCGGAUUUGCAAGUAUCCGGUGUACAAACCGGAGACGCAACGGGGAUCGCACAAGAAACAAAUGACCUCUUUGCAUCGGCUCUGCACCGGAGUGGCCUCUUACGACGAGAUUUGCUGUCGAACGGGCAUGUCCUACCACGAAUUGGACGAAAAAAUUGAAGCCGAUGCCGACAUAUGCGUCCUCUGGAAGUGAAACGUGUUAACGCCCCCCUUCUCUUUCCCUCUUUUAAUUCAAUCAUCCUAUCCACCCUAGCCCAUCGAUUUUCGUUUCACCAAACAAAAUCAAAACCAAAAAAAAACAAUUUUUUAGCGACUCGUUAAUUCCAAAACGAACAGUUCAACGUUCCCGAACUGAACUCCCUUCAUUUUAUUUCAUUUUUAAAUUUCUUUCUUUGCAAUCGGAUGCCUCUUUUAUUGCGCAACACAAGACCUAAGUCAGUCGUUGGCCAUCGUCACGUUUAAAUAGGCAAAUGUCGAAACUUACGGGAACAAGUUUCAACGUUUCUUCCCGACCGUUUCUCGCAAUUGUGAAAACAAGGAUCGAGGUUUAGAGAGGCAACGAUCCAUUGGAAUUUCCUCUUCCUCCCGUAGCGAAAAGGUGAGGGGCACUCACGCAGGCGAGUAGUAUUUCCAGACAGCCGUAGAACCGACGAGGUCCCAGUAAAUCUGUCCGCUAAGUUUUGACAAUCUUUGUUGGCCGUUAAAAUGUGCUCGUCGGGCUUUGAAAUGGGAACACGAGAAAAAACACACACUACAAAAGAUGGGGCUACGCAUUCUCUUUGUCCCUAUUGGCCGUCUGCCAAAAAUUCCGCUCCUCUUGAAAAAGAAAAAGAGAGAGACCCUAAUAAGAUUUACACGCAUCAACAUGGCGCGAUGGUAGAAACAGAGAGAAAUAUUACAAGCAACAAAAAAAGAUAAAAGCCUCUCCCACUGUUUGAAACGUAGCUCCGCACGCAACAGCGUCCAUCCUCUUGGCAUCCGAGAGGCUUCCGUUCGUGAGAGAACCGCGUUUAGUCUCCCCCCCCCUUUUUUCUUGCGCUCUUAAACAAGCAGACAAGAGGUUUAUGCUGAUAAGGAGUCGACAAGCUUGUCGACAAGUGUUAUGUCGACAAACCGACACGGCGGUCACCCCCCACCCACUUGGGCCUAUCUCAAUGGCCGUACGAAACACUUUCUGCCACUAUACGUGUAUGAAUAUGUUUUUGUUUUUUUUUUGUAUUUUAAAGAAGAAUUAAUAUGCCAUUUUAUGUCUGACGUCUGGCACAAUAAAGUGGAACGCUAUAUUGUACCAUA